UGUAAAGUUGUCCAGUUUGAUAACAGUUUGAUGUGGAAGCUGAAGAUUUGGCAGCACUUAAAUUAUUGUUUUAUUGGUUUUGUGUUGUGAAUUGGUGCGUCGUGGAUAAAGUAAACGCUCGAAGCAGGGGAAAAGAAAUUAAAACAGAUAGAUUUAAUCAGUGUCUAUCCCUUUGACGAGCCGUUAUAACUUAUGUAACGAUGACAUGCGUGCUGUGCCAGUUUUCUAAAAAAGAAAAGAUCCGAAAAUUCUAUUUUUAGCAUUUUCCCAGCAUAGAGGCGUACCAAAAAUUGUGCGAGACGCUCAAAAAAUAUUUUUUCUUAGAUCGGUUCUGGUCAAGUGCACUACCCGUAAAUUUUCUAUUGUGUUAGAUUAAAGCCCGUUUUGUCAACAAAAUGGAUCCAGAAGCAUUCUUGGAUAUGGCCAAUCAGGUCAUAAAGUUGAAAAUGUUUCCUUACUUUGACAUUGCACACAGUCUGCUUGCAGCGCUUGCUGUUAGAGAAGAUUUAGGUUCAAAUGCACAAUCAUUCUCACGUAAACAUCCGCUUGCAUGUUGGUUAUCUACUAUGCUUGUAAUCUUCUCUGGAGGCAUGGUCGCCAAUGCCUUGCUUGGUGAACCAAUAUUGGCUCCACUUAAAAAUACACCGCAAUUAUUCGUGGGCACAGUUGUGUGGUAUUUGGUUUUCUAUACACCUUUUGAUAUCGGCUAUAAAAUUGGCAAGUUUCUUCCAAUUAAAGUGGUGGCUAGUGCAAUGAAAGAAAUUUACCGCGCAAAGAAAGUAUAUGAUGGUGUCUCCCACGCUGCGAAGCUGUAUCCAAAUGCCUGGAUAAUUAUGAUUAUAAUUGGCACACUAAAGGGCAAUGGCGCUGGAUUCACUAAGCUUAUUGAAAGACUGAUUCGUGGAGCCUGGACACCUACAGCUAUGGAAUUCAUGCAGCCUUCAUUCUACACCAAAGCUUCAUUGUUAGCUUCAAUCAUAUUUGUACUGGAUAAAAAGACAGACUGGAUUUCAGCGCCCCAUGCAUUAGUCUAUUUCGGCAUUGUUAUUUUCUUAGUAUACUUCAAACUGUCUUCAAUACUUUUGGGCAUACAUGAUCCUUUCCUCCCAUUCGAAAAUCUGUCUUGCGCAAUAUUCUUCGGUGGUAUUUGGGAUAGCUUAGCUAAAAUUUUGGGACGUGGUCAGGCGAAAGAAGGUGAAGUAAAAGAAAGCAAAAAGAACAACUAAAAGACCAAUCAGCAGUGGCUUUGUCAAUGAUUAAAAAGACGUUAAAAUGCGGUUUUAAAACUAUAACCUCCAAAUACAACACAACGACCUUUUCUCGAAAAGAUGAAAUUAACGCAAACGAUUUCCCCUUUAAAUAAUUUUGUUUAUUCAUUACAUUUAAAUAUUGUUCAGUUUGAAAACAUCUAAGCAAUGAAUUCUAGUCACUUAUAUCAUAGUGCUCAAAAUGAAACGAAAAUGUAUACUACAAAGUCAUUCUUGUGAUUGAACAUCAAGUGGGUGUGCUUGCUCAAUGAUAAAUUUGACUUUAGUGUAAAAGCGAUUGUAUUGGAAUUUAUUUAUUAUUUUAUUAAGUGCAUUAUAUUAUUUUAGUUUAAUUUUUCAUGCAUUAUUUCAACAAUGCCAGUAAUGAACAUAAGUACGUUUUUAUUACAAAUGUCUCCAAAUACAAUAUUAGCAUUUACCAUUAAUGCUAAUAUGCUAAGAUCUUGCCAAAUUUAAUUAAAUUUAAAAACCUAUAUGCCAAAGUAUGUACAUAUAUAUAUAAAAAUGACGAGAAGAAAAUAAAACACUAAGCUUUAUGUCAGAUAUUGUCAAGUAAUUUUACAAAAAAGAAAAAUGAAAAUAAAACAAUACCUUUGAGAUACAAAA